AUGCUAACAAAACGCCAUAGCCAAGGCCAUUUCAAGCACUCUGCGGUCCUCAAGAGUGGAAACUCGGCAAUUCACUCUGUCCGCACUUCGCAGUCAACCACCGUCGACAGAGAUGCCGUGGUGCGGUGCAUCGAGGCACGAGCCCUCGACUUCCAGGGCUUUGACGUGCCGGAAUCACACCUCGAGCCCAUCCAGCUCGUCAAGUACGCAGUCACCGAGCGGUACCAUUUUCACACGGACUGGUUCACGAACCCAGCCCACGCCACGGCGUCUCACGGCGGGAAUCGCAUCAGCUCCUUUUUCGGGUACGUCAAGGCAGACAACGUGACGGGCGGAGGCACCAACUUCCCGAUUCUGGAUGCGCCGCGGGAUGAAAGAUGGUGCAACUUCAUCGACUGCGACGAAGAGUACGACUCGGGCGUCACGUUUAGGCCCAUUGAGGGCAACGUCGUCUACUGGGAGAACUUGCUGGCGGAUGGGAGAGGAGACCAGAGGACGCUGCAUGCGGGACUGCCGGUGGUCAGCGGGGAGAAGAUUGGGAUGAAUAUCUGGACGAGGCAGAUGCCACUGCCUGCGGAUGUUCGCGGGAGUUAG